UCCCGCCUGUCCGUGCCAAGGGCUCCAGCAGCGGGGAACCAGUGGUAUCGGGAAACUACGAUCGUGACAGUGAUGCCAUUUCACCGAGAUGCUCUUCGGCAUCCCUCGGAAUUCUUGCAACACUGGCAACGACGGAAAACCCACGUUUUCUGCUGAAAGCCAGGCGGCCAGGCGGAGGGAGCCUCGGCAGCGCUUCUCUGCCUGCGGCCACCGGCUGUCACCGCGCCGGCAGCCGCGGGAGAGGGCGGCGGGGCCGGGCCUGGCCUUGCGGCCGCCCCCCAGGCAAGCAGCGGGGCGGAAGCCACCGGCGGCGCUGGGGGAGGCGGCCGGAGCCCGCGGGCGGCGGCGGCAGCAGGAUGUAUGGAUUUAUAAAUACAUGCCUGAAGUCUUUGGUGGUUGAAAAGUAUGGUGAAGAAACAUGGGAAAAAUUAAGACUGCAGGCUGGAGUCCAAGAUUCUUUCUUGACUUUUGAGGUUUACAAAGAUGAGAUCACAAUGCAGCUCAUUGACAAAGCCUGCAAAAUAUUAGGUGUUCCUGCUGACAUGGUUCUAAGAGAGUUUGGAGAGUAUUUCUUUGAAUUCUGUAAACGCUCAGGCUAUGACCACAUGCUGAGGACACUGGGUGGAAAUCUCUAUGAGUUCAUAGAGAACCUGGAUGCAUUGCACAGCUACCUGUCCCUUUCUUACCAGGAGAUGAACGCGCCAUCUUUCAGAGUAGAAAAGAAUGAAGAUGGGUCUAUGCAUUUACAUUACUAUUCAGACAGAAGAGGUCUGUGCCAUAUUGUGCCAGGAAUCAUCGGUGCAGCAGCUCUGGAUUUUUUUAAUAUUGAGCUUUCAAUGGAAAUAGUCAAUCAAACAGAAGAAGAAGAAAGAACUGGGAAAAAAGAACAUAUUGUUUUUCUUGUUACUCAAAACCCUGUAUUUUCAUACAAGGAAAGAAACGAAUUUUCUUCCUCACCUCAAUAUGUUGCUGAGUCUGCAAAACAAAUUGAGAACCAACACAAUAAAGAGCAGGACCUCGAAAAAGCCAAGAAUACAGUUAGAGACAGAGGAAGCUCUGUUUGUCCUGUCAAGAAAAGCCACUGGAAAACAGUAAGAGGAAUAAUCACACUAGGAAGAGGUAAGCUCCUGAGAGGAUUUGAUCCUGUUUAUCCCAAGAGUCUUUGGAUUGACACAAAAACAUUCUGCAAUGGACUUCCCUUUCAUAUGGUUUUUGAUAAAGAGCUCAGAGUGAAGCAAGCUGGGGUGAGCAUUCAAAAGAUUGUACCUGGCCUUCAGAACAUGGGCAUCUGCUUGGACCACUAUUUCAGUAUUGUUCAUCCAGAAGUACCCUUCACCAUCUCUAGCAUUCAGAAAUUCAUCAACAGCCAAUUUGUUUUCCAGACUAGAAGAGAGAUGAUGCCAGAGUCAUGGAAACAACGGCCAAUGCUAGAGCUGAGAGGCCAGAUGAUCUGGAUGGAGUCUCUGCAGUGCAUGCUCUAUCUCUGCUCACCUUUGCUUCGCACUUUGCAUGAACUGGAGGAGCGGCAGAUGCAUAUUGCAGACAUUGCACCUCAUGACGUGACCAGGGAUUUGAUUCUUCUCAAUCAGCAGCGACUGGCAGAGAUGGAGCUCUCUAACCAGCUGGAGAGGAAGAAAGAAGAACUGCGGAUACUGUCGAAACACCUGGAGGAAGAGAAGAAAAAGACUGAAGCUCUGCUCUAUGCUAUGCUUCCUCAGCACGUGGCCAACCAGCUGAAAGAGGGGAAGCGAGUUGAGGCAGGAGAGUUCAAGGAGUGCACUAUAUUGUUCAGUGAUGUUGUGACCUUUACCAACAUUUGUGCCCAAUGUGAGCCUAUUCAGAUAGUUCUCAUGUUAAAUUCAAUGUACCUGCGAUUUGACAGACUGACCACGGUGCAUGAUGUGUACAAGGUGGAGACAAUUGGAGAUGCCUAUAUGGUAGUAGGCGGGGUCCCUGUGCCUGUAUCCACUCAUGCUGAGCGAGUUGCUAACUUUGCCUUGGGGAUGAUAAUAGCAGCUAAAGGAGUGCAGAAUCCAGUUUCUGGAAACCCUAUCCAAAUUAGAGUUGGGAUCCAUACAGGUCCUGUUUUGGCUGGAGUUGUUGGAGAAAAGAUGCCUCGUUACUGCUUGUUUGGAGACACGGUGAAUAUAGCUUCCCGGAUGGAGAGUCAUGGUGUCCCAAGUAAAAUUCAUCUAAGCUCCAGUGCCUAUCAAUGCCUAAAAUACAAGAAUUUUGAGAUGACUGAAAGAGGAGAAAUAGAAGUAAAAGGCAAAGGGAAAAUGCACACAUACUUCCUCAUUAGAAAUAAAACUGCAACUGAGAAUGAGAUUAUGGGAAUGCCAAUGAAAGACUUAGAUUCUGGCCAUGAAUCUGUUCAGUCCAUUCAAGAAGGCAGGACAGAAACAAUACCAGCUACUCAGACUCAGCCAGAGAAGGACCAGACUCCAGCCAUUGCAAUGAAGUAUACUGAUGGCCCCACAGAUGAACAGAACAGCCUCAAAAGAAGAAAUCAAGCAAAAAUUGCAGAUUUAACAGGCAAAACUUAUGAUUCCAAAAGUGAUGGGAGUCUCCAUGGCAACCAGCAUGCAGAUGAUGGUCCUUGUCCUCUAAACCAGGGAAGAGUCAAACCUGCUACUGAAGAGCCACGGGUUAGAAACAUUCGCUCUAAUUUUUGCACUUUACUCUAAGUUUCUUACUUUUUACAUUAAACAAAGCAACUUUAUUAUGAUUUUGUGCAGUUUGCCGUUGUGCUGAUUUGUAUACCGAGUACCACAUGAUUUUUUAAAAAAACCCCACAAAACAAAGAGAAAAAAGACAUCAGAGUUUUCAGCAAAAAGAAAACAAUGGAGGAUAUUUUUUUUUAAUCAAUCUAUAUGUGCCAUAUAAUACUCCCAUUGCAGAAGGAAACCACUGCAAGAUGCUUUGAAGAUGUAUUUUUCAGCCUCUGCCAUGUCUUUUUGUUAUCUGAUGCAGUAACUGAGAAAGAGAUGACUCAUCCAGCUAGAAAUAUUCCUACUCAAAUGAACACUUGCCAUUAAAGAAACAUUCCCUGAAGUGACCAUCUGUCUUGACCUCAGCACAGCCAACAACUUCCCUGUGUAAUGUUAGCAGAGUUUGAUCUACAUUCUCAUUGUGAUGACAGAUUAAUCUAUUAACAGGUCUUUUGUUUGGUAAAGGCAUCGUGCAGUAGACAUGCAGAAUAGAUCUACUACAACCUGUAUUUUUCCUUCCUGUAGAGAAAAUAUUGUGCACUUUAUAGCACCCAACAGUAAAACAAGAUCUGCGACAUUUGAAUCAUGCUGUGCUCAGAUAAUCGUAGAAGGACAUGCACAUAAUGGAGUUACGCAGCACUGAAUUCAUUACAACACUGAAGGACUGUUCAAGGCCUAUGAACUACUUGAGACCUUCAAAUAAGUUGCAAGUUUAUUUCUCAGCUAAACAAAACUAAAGUUUCAGGACUACAGAGGAAGCCUGUCAGUGCUGGAACUAAUGUUGUCAAGUGUCAUUGAAAAUAACAGCAUGAAAGAUCAACAUUGCUUACUUGGUGUCAGAGGCUCCUCCAGCUGAAUUAAUUCCAUGCUGAUACAUCCUUAGAUUAUGUCUGAGAAAAACUGAAGUUCAGCUGUCAGGGAUUUAAGACAUAGGAGCAAAAAUACAACGGAUAUAAAGGUUGUGGACAAUUUUGGCACAUCAUAAACUGUGCUCUCACUCCUAAAUAAAUGGAGCUUGGAGUAGGUGGAAUGUGCUUGUACAGGGUGAUUUGGACAGAAGAUGUGCCCCACAUAACGAUGCACACUUUGGAUGUGGAUUUGUUGUGUAAGGAUGCACAAGGAUGCACACCAUUUGAACUUUGAGCAAGAACUCACUGGAGAAGAGGAUAAUAUUACUCCUCUGUUACAGUCUGCAGCAUCACAUUUCCACCUCUGUAUCUGUAGCAAGAGUGAAGCUCUUUAAAUACCAGGCAGAGAGGUAAGACUGAUGAAGGGCAUCUCCUCCUCUCUAUAGUACAACAAGAUGAAAUUUCACCUGGUUAGAUUUUAUUUUUAAAUCUGUGAGACAGUAGCUCCCCUGUCUGGUUGCUCUACAGCUCUGUCUACAUUAACAAGUAGUUCAGAUCAGUAAAGGAGGACGUGUCGAGUGAACAACAGUGCUGUUGUCCAUCCUAUAUGUAUUUCAGAGGGCUUGCUAGUGCGCUGCCAUGCACUAAAUACCUGUUAGCUUUUGGAGCACCUUAUAAGCACGUCCUCUGACUUAGUAUCAUCCAUAAGAGAUCCAUUUGGGUGCUUUGGGACCACUCUACAAUGUGAAACAAAGCACAGUGGGUAUGUUUGACCAGGAAAUUCCCUCAGGAGGGUACUCCUGACUCUGGCUGAAAUGCUGAUGUGGAUACAUUCUUUAACAUUAGCACUUUCCACAGUACAGCUGAGCAGAACCAUUCUGGGAGAGUGCAGUUUUACAAAUGGCAGGAUUGCUUUAUUUAUUUAUUUAUAAGGAUUUUGCUAUCUAGGCAGUGCUCCUUAUUUUGGCAGGUGUGAGAUCUACUGCAGAUUGAAGACGCAUCUCAGGAUUGUUAAAGUUGAGUAUCAAGAUUUCAGACAUUUAACUGUGUGCUACCCUCAGACACACAACAUCUAAAUUUCAGCACCAUCCUUAGUAACUCCUCCACACUGGUCCAGUGCUCAUGGCUUUGCACUUCUGUAUUAUGACCACAGCUUUAAAAAGACUUUCCUAAGUAAGAUAAUACCCAAUUUCUCUCUCACUUACUAUGAUGUAAAUGUGAACUAACAGUUAAAGCAUCACUAUCCCACUGAUUUGAGAAUCAACUCUAACAAGACUUGUCUCCAACCUAGAGACAUGUUUCACUACUCUUGAGUAGCUGUGCUGAUGGACUAGAGAACACAUCAUUUAACAAAUGGCAGUGGUGGACUCCAUCUUUAUUGGCAUCUGCUACAGAGAUAUAAAGCCACUUAGGCCCAAGCACAAGUGUGACACAGGAGUAUACACCUCUCAGUGGCCACUGCUAAUGCAGGAGGGAACCUCUUACUGUUUCAGCUGCUCUUGCAGUCCCAUACCUGCAUGGCUGAAUACUACUGACGACCUCUCCAAAAGGAAGAAUUUCCAAUUGGAAAUUGUUCAACAAGACUGGCCAUCAACGAUUAGGGUCUAGUAUAUAUUCCAGGCUUAAUAUAGAUACAUUCCAGUGUGGUUUCAGGUAGAAGUGCAGAGCUCCUCUGAACUUGUAUGGAUCCUCUCGGGAAGAAGAAAAAGACCAUGGCUUAAUUGUUGCGUGCAUCUCUCUGUCCAAAUUUUAACAUCUGCUUUGCUUAUACCUGCCUUUUUUGCAGUGAACAAUCUAUGAAUGUUUAAUAUUGGAAUAUUUUAAUAGGCAUUAAGUGCUCCAUGGUAAGUGACUUCAUGCUGUGCUGUGGUAAAACUGAUGUGCUCAGUGGUUUCUCUGUGACCUCUGCUACAAUCUGGUUCUCCUGGAGAUGCAGAGCUAGGUCAAAUCUGCACAACUGCUUUUAAAAAUUAAUAUACCUGUGCAUCAUCAUGUCUUCUUAAAACUGUGAGCACUGCUAAAGACUGCAAAAAUAUCAUUAAACAAUAAAUCUUUCCAUUAAUAUGCUGA